AAUGGCCUCAUUCUGCUCUGCUCUGGCCGGUUGUUGGAUGCAUCAUGAUACACUAGCACUAGAUCUAGUACUGUACUAUGAAUUGGACUCAAUAUGGAUAUGAUGAUUGAUCAAGAAUAAGAUGGCUUCAAAAAAUGCACAAUCAUAUUCUGGUAGCUCAAUUACAGAACUACCUUAUCAUCAAGAUGGUUCUGUGGACUGGGAUACACUAGGAAACAUUAUCACAGGGAAUAUGCUAGCUGAGGUUGUUUAUGCCUCGUACGUUGACAAAAAGCAUGGUAUACCGACCACCGAGUCUUUCACCGCUGACACAGACUGGGAAUUUUCUUCUGAAGUGGACAAUAUUGUUGUUUUAAAGAAGAAAUCAGAAAGAACAUUUUGGCUGGGGCGAGGGGUCAUAGAGAUUCCAGUUAGAGUGGUUGCAGAGUAUGUCAAGGAUGUACGCUCUUCACGCAUCUGGGACAAGCUGUUAGUGGAGGCAAAGUAUUUGAAGGUUUUGAAAGAAACAGAAACAUGUACAGAUUAUAUUGGUUAUCAGAGAUGGGAAGAUACAAAUUGCUUUGUUACAACCAAGAGAGACAUGCUCUACUUUGUACGAUGUGCUUAUCUGGAUGGAAAGUACGUACACACAGCUAUCUCUGUAGAAGACCCUGAAUAUCCUGAUAACCCGGAUAUCAUUAGGGUGAAUGCAAGAGCUGGCUGUGGUUUUGUUUUGGAACCAUACCAAGGAGAUGAAUCACGAACACUAUUCAAUUAUCUGGGAAAUAUUGACUUGAAAGGUGUCCCCAUGUUCAUAAUGUCAAAGAUUCUAAAAGCACACCCUGUAUGUGCCAUACAAGCUCUCAGAAAGCACUUCAACACGACACAGAGUCAUCAAUCACCAUGGCUUUUCUCCAGUUUCAAUUUCAGGCGGCGUUCUAGAGCACACAGCUUGUCAACAAGCAUAAAUAUUCCCUUCCAGUAGCACAUUUAUUAAAUGAAGACGACCGGAAUUAAGGCAUCGUAGAUUUUAUUUUUAAUGGUGUUGUAUAUUGUUUGUAUUUAGUGUUCUAUGUUUUGUAUACUCACGAUUUGAACUCCUGAUAUACCAUAGAUAUUAGAUUA